UUUGCAGGCUUGUUUCAAAGAGCAGUCUGUAUAUUUAGUCAUGAGGAAUGCUUUAAUAUUGCGACAGCUGGUCGAAUAUGCCUCGUCGACUUACACAUAUAUACUGGGAUGUGCUUCUACUAGAAAAGCUGUAAUCAUCGAUCCAGUACUGGAAACGGCACAUAGAGAUGCUCAAAUCAUCCGAGAUCUAGAUCUAGACCUAAUAUAUGGACUCAAUACACAUGUUCAUGCUGAUCAUGUCACUGGCACCGGAGUGCUCAAAACGGCUUUUCCCUCUAUGAAAUCCGUGCUCGCUGCCAGUUCUGGCGGAAAAGCUGACCAUUACGUUAAAGAUGGCGAUAAAAUCAAGUUCGGUCAUCAGCAACUCGAAGUAUUAUCGACACCUGGUCAUACGGAUGGUUGUAUAAGCUAUGUUUCGCAUGCCCACCGCAUGGUUUUCACCGGAGACUCAUUACUUAUUCGCGGUUGUGGAAGAACGGAUUUCCAGCAAGGAGAUCCACGAAAGCUCUACCGGUCUAUUUGGGACAAGAUUUUUACCUUACCUGAUGAUUUCAUAGUUUAUGUCGGGCACAACUAUGAAGGAAUCUUACAGACAUCGAUAGGUGAGGAGAAGAGGUUGAAUCCGCGACUGACAAAGAAUGAAGAAGAGUUUGUGAAAAUUAUGCAGAAUCUUAAAUUGGCUCAUCCGAAGCAAAUAGAACGUGCCGUACCAGCUAAUCUAAAAGAUGGGGAGAUUUGAGCUGACAUCUAUACGACUCUAUACGACUUGUUAACACAGCAUUUCCAAGCUUCUCAUCAAAAUGCUCAUAUUUAUUCAUAAUUAACAUUACUCAAAUGAACAGCACAAUCUUGUAAAUUAAUUAAAUAAUUAAGUCA